AUGGUCCAUGUUGCUAGAUUCUUGGACGAACGUCCUACCGAUAUUCCUUCUAUUCUUGCCGGUGGUUAUAACCAUCCUUUAUUGAGAGAAUGGCAGAAUGAGAGACAGUUAACAAAGAAUAUGUUCAUCUUCCCGUUGUUCGUUAGUGAUCAGGAUGAUGAGGAAACUAUUAUACCAUCAUUGCCAAAUAUCAAGAGAUUUGGUAUUAACAGAUUAAAAGAUUAUGUCGCCGGGUUGGUUGCCAAGGGUCUACGUUCUGUUAUUUUAUUCGGAGUGCCUUUGAAGGACGGAGCUAAGGACCAAGUUGCUACUUCUGCUGAUGAUCCAGAAGGACCUGUAAUCCAAGCUAUCAAGUUACUUCGUAAAGAAUUCCCUGAUUUGUACAUUAUCUGCGAUGUUUGUUUGUGUGAAUACACUAGCCAUGGCCAUUGUGGUGUCUUGUAUGAAGAUGGCACCAUUAACAGAGAAAAAUCGGUUCAAAGAAUUGCUGCCGUUGCUGUCAAUUAUGCCAUUGCUGGUGCUCAUUGUGUGGCGCCAAGUGAUAUGAUUGAUGGUAGGAUCAGAGAGAUUAAGAUGGGAUUGAUCGAGCAUGGAUUGGCUCAUAAGACCUUUGUGAUGAGUUAUUCCGCUAAAUUCAGUGGUAACUUGUAUGGUCCAUUCAGAGAUGCCGCUUGUUCUCAACCAGGAAAAGGUGAUCGUAAGUGCUAUCAAUUGCCUUCAGGAGGUCGUGGCCUAGCUAGACGUGCUUUAAAGAGAGAUUUGCAAGAAGGAUCAGAUGGUAUCAUCGUCAAACCUUCUACUUUCUAUUUGGAUGUGAUGUCCGAUGCAGCUGAAAUCUGUCGCGACCUCCCAGUGUGUGCUUACCAUGUCAGUGGUGAAUACGCUAUGUUACAUGCUGCUGCAGAGAAGGGUGUUGUUGAUUUGAAAAGUAUUGCCUUUGAAUCGCACUAUGGGUUCCUCAGAGCUGGUGCUCGCUUAAUCAUCAGUUACUUCACUCCAGAAUUUUUGGAAUGGCUUGACGAAAAUUGA